AUGGCGGGCAAAAAGGGAGAGAACACCAAGAAGGCAUCGGGGAACGCCAAAAAGGCCGAAGCCGCUGCCCAAAAGGCUGCCGUUGAGGACGCCAAGAAGGCAGCAUCAGAGGAUGCUGAGUGGUCCAAGGGCUCCAAGAGCAACGCGAAGAAGGAAGCCGAAGCAGCCAAAAAGGCGGAACAAGCCCGGAAGAAAGCCGAACGCGAAGCCGCCCUAGCCGAAGAGGAGAAGAGUCUGCCGAGUCGUAACGCGCCCAAGAACGCGAAGAGCGCGCAGAAGAAGACGUCCGGGAGGGGCACCCUCGAUCUCUCGCAGCUCGACGAAUCGCUCCCUGCUCUUAAUGCAUCGGGUAUCGACAACGCGCUCGACGCCCUGGGCGUGGCGGGCAAUUCACAGGACAAGGUCGAGAAGCACCCCGAGCGGAGAUUUAAGGCUGCAUAUGCUGCGUUUGAAGAGAGACGGCUGGAUGAGAUGGACACGGAUGGCAGUGGUGCUGGGUUGAGGCUGAAUCAGAGGAAGGAGAGGAUUAGGAAGGAGUUCGAGAAGUCGCCGGAGAAUCCGUUCAACCAGGUUGCGGCAACGUAUAAUGCUUCGAAGGAGGAGGUGGCUGAGCUCCGGGCUCAGGAGAAGGCUAAGAUCGAGGGAAGGCUUGGCAGGUAG